AUGACCCGCACCCUCACGCCCUCCCUCCCUCACACCCUCGCACCCUCACACCCUCCCUCCCUCACACCCUCGCGCCCUCACACCCUCCCUCCCUCCCUCUCUCCCUCCCACCCUCCACUCGUGCUCGCAUACGAGGUGAGCCGCUCCCUUCCCUCCCACUCUCCACUCGUGCUCGCAUAUGAGUUGCUUCUAGAGGAGGUGGAGAAUCCCACGGGAGGCAGAAGAUGGAGGAGAGAGGAAGAGGAAGAGGAAGAGGAAGAGGAAGAGGAAGAGGAGGGGGAUCUCUGGCCCUGGGUCAACGAAAUUCGUUGCCUUGGUCAAUCCUGUCGCUCCAGCUGCAUAGUGACAGCGCCCUUCCUCUUCUCCUAUGCGGAGGACACAGCCAGGGCCCGUGCCAUGUCCCCUGAUGCCUUCCAAGGUAAAUGUUGCUGGUGGGUGCUACAGCCGGUAAGCGCUACAGCCCCUGUCGCUACAGCCUGUCGCUCCAGCUGCAUAGUGACAGCGCCCUUCCUCUUCUCCUAUGCGGAGGACACUGCAAGGGCCCGUGCCAUGUCCCCUGACGCAUUCCAAGGUGCGUGGUGUGGUAGGCGCGACGGCCUGUUUCUGCUACAGCCUGUGGCAUUUCUUGCAUGUUAG